AUGUCUACCGCUACGCCUCUUCCCGCAUACGCUUCUUACAAGCACAUGCUUGUCAGCUCGCCAGGACCCUUCGUCGCCCAUGUCGAGAUCAACCGUCCCAAGAAGCUCAACGCCUUUUCGCAAGAAGUCUGGCUCGAGUUUGGGCACGUAUUUGAGCAACUCAGCGAAGAUUCAGACGUACGCGCUGUUGUAGUCAGCGGCGCGGGCGAUCGCGCAUUUACGGCAGGCCUUGAUGUACAAGCUGCAUCUGGAGAUGGGAUCCUCUCUGACGCUGCGGGCGAUGUGGCCAAGAAGGCUAAGGUGUUGAGAAAUCACAUUGAAGAGUUCCAGAACUCCAUUGGUGCUAUGGAGAAGUGUGAGAAACCUGUCAUUUGUGUUCUUCAUGGUAUUUCUAUUGGUCUUGCUAUCGACAUUGCCUGCUGUGCUGAUAUCCGCAUCUGUGCUUCCACCGUGCGAUUCGCCGUUAAGGAAGUUGAUAUCGGUAUGGCCGCCGACAUCGGCACGCUCUCUCGACUACCCAAGAUUGUUGGCUCGACAUCGUGGGUCAAGGACGUUUGUCUCACAGCGCGAGAUUUUACUGCGCAGGAGGCGUUGUCGAUGGGCUUUGUGAGCCAAGUCCACCAGGACAAGCAGGCGGCUGUACAGGCCGCAGUGGCGCUGGCGGCAACGCUUGCCGACAAGAGUCCCGUGGCAGUCCAGGGAACGAAGGAGCUGCUCAACUAUAGCAGAGAUCACAGUGUCGAUGAGGGUUUGCGGUAUACGAAGGUGUGGAACGCGGCGGCUGUGCAGGGCAGGGACUUUGCGGUGGGAUUGACGAGCGGGUUGAAGAAGACCAAGCCUCGAUACGAGAAGUUGUAG